UUUUGGUUAAGAGACAGAAACCUAUGUAACAAUGAUGUCUUCCAAAUCCGGCCAAAUGGGUUCAAACGACAGCAACCUUCACUCUACGGAUAGCGACUGUGCCUUGCAACUGAAACCCGCACCGAAGCUCGUUUGCAUUCCACAGCAGCUUCAUCGACACCGUCUAUUCACCUCGGAUAUAAGCAUCAACCAGCGUCCCAGGGAAUACGAAGUUCUAGACAAGUCUUGGUCGGUUCUAUACUUCGGGGCGCUCAAGGAUAAGAACUCGAAGUAGCGCUGCGUUGGAUGAUAGACCCUGAUAGACCCUCGCUGAAGAAUUUUCAAUAAAAUUGAUUAAAAGUAAAUGGUUUAAGCUAAAA